AUGCUCCACAUUCCUAACGCUGUGCCUCCUGCAUUCCCUCAGCUGGGCCAGGAUGGGGCUGGGAUACUCUGUGUUCCCAGUGGAAGCUGGGGGACCGUGUCCCACCGCUGUCUCCUGCUCUCUGUCACCUCGGGUGGGGCUGGGAUGCUCUGUGUUCCCGAUGGGAAUGGGGGCCUGUGCCCCAGCACAUGUGCUGUGCUCCACCAUCUGUGCCAGAACGAGCUCAGGAUGCUCCGUGUUCCCGGCUGGGACAGGGGGACACAGCACCGUGCCUCCGUGCUCUGUCACCUGCGAGCAGCCAGGGCUGGGAUGCUCCGCGGUCCCGGCGGGAUGUGUGUCCGGGCUCGUGUCCGCGGUCUGUUUGCAAUCAUCCCCGGAGCCGCGUGCGGCCGGGCCCGCUGCCAGCCCCAGCCGGGAAAAGGGGGAGCGGGAGCGGCAGGAGCCAGAAGCGGGGAGCGCAGCCCGGCGAGCGGCAGCGGCCGCGGCACUGGGGAGGUGACACCGGCCCUGGGGGACACUGCAGCCCUGGGGACACGGGGACACGGCCCCGCCAUGGCCCGGCUGCUCCCCGUGCUGCUGCUCGCGGCUCUGGGCUCGGCGGGCAGGCCGGGCCGGCGGCCGGCAGCGUGGGACGGUGGAGCGGAUGCCCAGAGACCCCCGGCGAGGGGCUGCGCCAACCUGACGCUGGUCCUGGACAACUGGAAAUUCGCCAUCACCUCCCAGCUGAGGAACCUGCUGCUGUCGGACCACCAGAGCGUGCUGCCCGACUACGGCCGGAUCCCGGCGCUGUCGGGGGCCCUGGAUGAGCUGUACCGGGAUUUCCGCGGCCUGAAGGAGCAGCUGGGCCGGCUCUCGGAUCGCUUCGCACACCUCGAAGCCUCCGUGGAGCAGCUGAGCCGGGCCCGGGGCGCUGCAGCCCCCCCGCGCCGGGGAGGGGUCCCCCAGAGCCCCCGCAGGGCCCCCGGGACCCCGCAGUGAGCGACCCCCGCCCGCUACCGGGGCCGGUACCGGGGGCUCAGCCAGGCCGGGGGGACAGCGGCAUCGCUUGGGGGGCUCACACUGGGGGCACAGGGACAUCACUUGGGGGGGUCUCAAGCUGAGAGGCUCCAGGUCGUCACCUGGGGGACUCAGCCAGAGUUUUUUGGGGGGGGGGGUCCGUCCCCGUGGGUCACGGUGAGCCCGGGGCGGUCUCUGCCCCCCUCGGGGGUCGCACCCGGCCCUUCUUCUCUUUCAAUAAAGCCGCUGUCGCCAGCA